AUGCUCUCACUUUCAAAAUCGGCUUCUUUGGUGAAGAAGGUUUCAUCAUGUUCGGCCAUAAAUUCAUCAUCAAUAAUAACUACUAGAAAUUACGCAAUUCCAAAGAACCCAACACCUCAAGAACUUUCAUAUUUAAUAGAAUCCGCAAAGGACUAUAUUCGUCCAGUGGAUAAACCUAGAAUUCCUAAAACACCACAACAAUUUAAAAAGGACGAAAUGUUGGCCAAUUCUUGGUCUUUAUUAAAGAAGAGAAUCACAGAAAAAGCCCGUAAUGAUGCCAAGAGAAGACUUAAAUUAAAAAAGUCUGCUUUGGAAGCUCUUCCAAAGGAAUUAAGAGUUGAAGCCGAAAAGAUUGAUUGGAAUCUUAUACCAAUACAAGUUGGUGUUCAACCAUUCAAAGAUUUACCUGCUCAACCUGGAUACAAACCACCAGAAGAACCACUCAACAUUGAAGUUUAA